AUGUUUCUAAACGAAGUUUCAAAGUUUCAAAGUUUCAAAUAUAGAAACAUUCAAAAGAUUUUUCGAAUUUUUAGGAUCCUUCGUUGAAAGUCAGGAAAGACAAGGAAACGGGUCAAACCAUCUUGGAAACGCAAGGGGAACUACAUUUGGAGGUUUUUUUGAUAAUUAGAUUUGGAAUAAAUUCCUUUCAGGUUAUCAAAGACCGACUCGUGCGAGGCUACGGACUCAACGUGUUCAUGGGAUCUUUGAUGGUUAAUAAAAUUGGGAAAAAUGUUUAAAAACUUGAAAUUUUUGUCGAGAGGAGUAUAUAUCCUAUUAUUAUCAAUAGGCUUCGAGAAAUGAAUAGGAAUUUUGAACGCCUAUCCUUUUGAGAGUUAUAAGUUUGGCUACAGCAAGAUGUUCAAAGUUUAGAUAAAAAAACAAAUUGAUAAAAAUAAAGCCAUUCAAAACUUGUUAUUUUGAAAUGUUUUCGAUUCCUGCUGUCCUUCAAGAAUCAGUUAAUGGAGUUCAGGUCGCCUACCGAGAAGUUUUGUCGGAGUCAAUCGAGAAUACGGCAAAAGUUGAAGAAAAAUUGAGCGAAAAGGGGCGUCCGCAGUCCGCCAGCGUCUCGUUACGCGUUGAACCUUCGCCUCAAUCUUCAAAAUUCAAAAAAGUUCUUUCAAUCUCCGGGUAUGAAAAGAAUAUGUUUGAGUUGAGGUGAAAGUAGAUAUUGACACUUCGACGCCUCCGAUACGACAAGACUGGCUCAAGGCGAUCAACGAAGGCUGUCGAAAUGCUCUUCACAACGGUCCCUUGGCCGGAUUUCCCGUACAUGUAAGUUGGUGUGGGACUUGCAAACUCGCCGCUGACCGAAACGCUUGAAAUAUUGAAACUCCCAAUCUUCUCGCCCCUUAAAGUUGUUAAUAAUAUUUUUUAAAUUUGUGUUUCGCAUAGUUGAAGACAAUAGAGGUGCAAUAUAUGCCCGUUCUUUGAGUGCGUAAUAAUUUCAUCGCUUGAGAGAAAAGGAUUCGGUUUUUUUUUUUGAGAAAACUUAGGUUAUUUCUGUUUCCAGGGUAUCGAAAUCACUUUGACGAGUUUUGCAGUCAGUGGAGGUCGCAUCAACCCAGCAUUAUGUAAGAAUUCAAACAUUUAUGACCUCUUAUCUGAAAGAAAAACAUUCAGUGUCGGCUUGUGCAAAUAAAUGUCUUUCUGAAGCGUUGCAAAAGGGCGAAACUGUCCUCGUGGAGCCCAUCAUGCGAGUGGAAGUAUGCCCUUCGUAGUGAAGAAAUGCGAAAAAACGUUGAAAAUAGGUGACAGUGGGUAGAGGACAGAGUACUCAACCGAUAGUCCAGGAGCUGACCCGCCGACGGACUCUUUUCGAGUCGUGCGACUGGAGCGAAGGUAGUUCACGUCUUCUUUCCCGACCACUUCUGAUUCAGAAGAAACGACGUCGGUCGUCGGACUUCUUCCCCUCGCCGAAAUGGAAGGUCUGUCACGUGCUAUCCGCACGUUGACCUCUGGCUAUGGAUCUUUGAAUGUUUCGGUAAGAUUUCAAGGUCUUAACAAUACACUGAUUCUGAGAACAGGUGAGCGACUACCAGAUCGUUUCCGAUUCAGAAAAAGACGCUAUUCUUAAGCGGAUGCGUGGAACUUAA